UUUGCAGUCUCGCAGGCCCAGCAAAGACACCCUAGGACUUGGCUGGGAAGGUGGCGGGGGCCUGCGGGACGCAAGGCGCUGGGCCCGGGGCCGGCCCCGGGCGGGGAUGGGGCCGAGCGAGGGCAGCCGAACUGGCCCUGCCGCUGCUGCUGGGGCAGCUGCUGGCGCUCACAGGAGGCGGAGGCGCGUUCUACCUCGAGGUCAGCGAGCUGGAGGAGAAGUGCUUCAUCCAGGAGAUCCCCGAUGGCACAGUAGUCAUAGGUAACUACAAGACCGAGCUAUACGACCCUGCUAUGGAAAAGUACCAGCCCUCCCCGCAGUGGAUCAAUUUGUUCGUGUUUGUGAAGGACCCCGAGAACAAGAAUCUGCUGGCUCGUCAGUACGGCCCUCGGGGCAGCUUUACCUUCACUUCUCAGUCUCCCGGAGAGCACCAGAUCUGCCUUCACCUCGAGUCCAUCCGGUUCGCCCUCUUCUAUGAUGGCAAGCUGGCCAUUCACUUGGACAUGCAGUUGGGUGAACACACCAAUGAUUAUACGGAACUUGCAGCCAAUGACAAGCUGACCCUGCUGCAUCUGCGCAUACAGCAGCUGGUGGAGCAAGUGGAGAAGAUCCAGAAGGAGCAGGAGUACCAGAGGUGGCGAGAGGAGCGCUUCCGGCAGACCAGCGAGAGCACCAACCAACGGGUGCUGUGGUGGUUCAUUCUGCAGACCUUCAUCCUUGUGGCCACUGGCAUCUGGCAGAUGCAGCACCUCAAGAGCUUCUUUAAAGCCAAGAAGUUGGUGUAGAUGAGCCCCAGAGACCAGAGGCUUAGCCCCCACUCAUUCCCCUUCUGCUGAAUAAUGGGAAGUGGCCUGGCCUGGUCUGUCUCCUGGCUUCUCCCACCCCUCCCAACCCUGAGGGACUUCCUUGUUACUGGUGUGUGUGUGGGGGGGGGGGGACAGAGGACCUCUUUAAACUGGUUUCUGAGCCAGGACUUGGGAGAGGAUGGGUUUCAAGCUGGAGACAUGUGGGUGGGAGGAGCUGUAGGCUCCUUUGCUGCUCUGUGAGACUGAGCAGGAGCGGGGUGAGUGUUACCCCAACCCCCACGUUAAACAGGAUGGGUAAACUAAGAGUGAAUAUAUAUUAUAACUGUCAAAUUUUCUGACCUAAA